GUUAGCUAACUGAAGACACACGGGGAGCAAUAAUCAAGACCAGCGCUGUUUCUGACCCGGUCAAAGACAGAAAUGCUGUCCCCGAAACCAUCCGUCCCCUCGACAUCUCUCCUCCGCUAUCUCCGCUCCCAGACCGAGUCUCCCUCGUUCUUCACGCCGAGUGUCUCCUGUGCACGGCCACCCCGGAGAGCGCAGCCGCCGCCGUCAUCACGUCCGGUAUCAGCCGCUCACGACGCAUGGACUCCCUCAUCGACAUGGAGGGAUAGCGGUGCAGCCCCGUGUCGGCCAUCGCUAGAAGCCAGCUUUUUCCCCAUCCCGAGAUUCUCGCCCCGAAGUCGCGGCGGCGCAUCCGCAUCCCGAUGCCGAGCGGCGUUUGGCCAGAACCCGUCGUACGCUGCGCAGUCGUUGCUAGCCCCCUCGCGGGCGUCGUCUACCAAAAGUCGUCCGUUUCUGCGCAGGCUGCUCGACUUCAGACGGAAUAAGGAGGCGGCGAAUGCGAAACUUGAGCAUGGCGCGGGCGCCGGCCCGUUGUUGAAUGAUGAGCGGGAGGGACAUUUGAAUUUCAGGCGGUCAUUGGCUGCGAAGGCGUCGAAUGAGUUGCGGUUGAGGUGUACGGAGUUUGAUUCUAAUGGGGAUGUUACACUGGUUAAUGGGGAGUUUAAGAAGACGGAGUUGAUUGCUAAGUACGGCCUUCUUCCCCGAGAUCUACGCAAAAUCGACUCAUCCACCCUCCCGCACAUCUUGGUGCGCCCGAGCGCCAUCCUCAUCAACCUCUUGCAUCUGCGCGUCCUGAUCAAGUCCGACCGCGUCCUGGUGUUCGACGCCUACGGUUCCACCGACUCCUACAUGCAGUCGCUAUUCGUGUACGACCUUGAGGGAAAGCUGCGGCAGAAGCAGUCGCAGGGCGACGGUGUCCUCCCGUACGAGUUCCGCGCGCUGGAAGCCAUCAUGAUUAGCGUGACCACGGGUCUGGAGGAGGAAUUCAACGGCGUCAAGGAACCCGUCGUGCGGGUACUUCGCGCUCUCGAGGAAGACAUUGAUCGGGAGCAGCUGCGCCAUCUCCUUAUCUACUCUAAGCGUCUGGGUACCUUUGAGCAGAAGGCACGGCUGGUUCGUGACGCCAUUGAGGAUCUCCUUGAGGCGGAUGAUGAUCUGGCUGCGAUGUAUCUGAGUGAGAGCGCCCAUGGCAUUCAACGCCCGGAGCAUGAUCACCAGGAGGUGGAGAUGCUUCUCGAGUCGUAUCACAAGGUGUGCGAUGAAAUCGUGCAGUCCAGCGGUAACCUGGUCACAGGUAUCCGCAACACUGAGGAAGUCGUCAAAGCCAUCCUCGACGCCAACCGCAACUCCCUCAUGCUCCUCGACCUCAAAUUCAGCAUCGGCACCCUCGGCCUCGCAACAGGAACCCUCUUCUCCGCCCUCUACGGCAUGAACUUGAAGAACUUCAUCGAAGAGUCCGACCUCGGCUUCGGCGCCGUCUCCGUCACCUGCUUCGCCAUCACGGGUGUCGUCUGCCUCUACGGCCUCGCCAAACUACGCAAGCUCCAGCGCGUCCGCAUGUGGGGCGAGUCCGGCGCCGGCGCCAGCCCCCUGGUCCACCUGCCCACCCGCACAGGCACCUACGCCGGCCGUCGCUCUAACUGGCGCGCUGACUCCAUCGAGCCUGUCUGGGGAAGCCUUCCCGGUGAAGGUCGCAGCGAGCGUCUGAAACGUCUGCGGGAUGGCGCUGCUGCUGCUCAGCGCGCGGCGGCCACGUCGGCCGCGAGGAACGCAGCGGCUUCUAAGCGCAACGCUUCGUCCUCGGAUGUAAAACCCGCUGCUGCUGCUUCUCCUUCCCAGGAGUCGACUUAAUUGAGCUUAUGCUAUUCCUGUCCAAUACCAUACUACAUGCACGUGAUGCUGGAUUGACUGUGCAUUUGGAUUUGGUUCGACCGGUGAUGAUUCUCCCCUCCCCUCCACUCCACUCUUUUGGCUUUAGGUGGCUGGGUGAUGUAUAGACGUUUGUUUGGUGUAGGGAGGUAGAUGGAUCCACUCUCUUCUCAUUCCUUUCUGGUUCUCCUGUUUUUUUGCCAUUGGCGCGGGGUUUCCUCGGUUCUGUUUUGGGUUAGAUAGAGUAGAGGUAGAUAUACU